AUGGGCUCUCUGUUCCGGAGUGAUCCCAUGUGCCUGGCACAGCUCUUCCUCCAGGCCGGCUCGGCGUAUGAUUGUGUCAGCGAGCUGGGAGAGAUGGGGCUGGCAGAGUUCAGGGAUCUCAACCCUCAUGUAAGUGCCUUUCAGAAAAGAUUUGUUGGUGAAGUAAAGAAGUGUGAAGAGUUGGAAAGAAUAUUAGGGUAUCUGGUUCAGGAAAUCAAGAAAUCGGACAUUCCAGUACCAGAAGGAAAUAUGUUGCCAGCAGCCCCCCUUCCAAAACAUGUGCUAGAAAUUCAGGAACAGUUACAAAAACUAGAAUCUGAAUUAAGGGAAGUGAAUAAGAACAAGGAAAAGUUACAAAAAAAUCUCCUGGAAUUAACAGAAUAUACACAUAUGCUGCGAGUAACCAAGGACUUUGUACAGAAAUCAGCAGAGUAUGAAACCUCUUCACAAACCAUUUAUGAGGAGUUUCCUGCUUUGGAAAAGGAAUCCUUAAUGGACUAUACUUGUAUGCAGAGGCUUGGAGCAAAACUGGGGUUUGUUUCUGGGCUAGUUCACUGUGGAAAACUUGAAUCUUUUCAGAAAAUGCUGUGGAGGGUUUGCAAAGGUUACACCAUUCUCACUUACAAGGAGCUAGAUGUGUUUCUGAUUGACCAUGAAACUGAAGAGCCAACAAAAUGGUUUGUGUUUCUAAUUUCUUAUUGGGGAGACCAGAUUGGACAGAAAGUGAAAAAGAUCUGUGACUGUUACCAUUGUCACGUGUAUCCAUACCCAAACUCCUCAGAGGAACGACAGGAGAUAAUAUCAGGAUUGAAUACAAGAAUUCAAGACUUGCAAGCGGUGAUCUCCCAGACUGAGGACUAUCUCAGACAAGUUCUUUACAAGGCAUCAGAGUCCAUCUUCAAGUGGGUUAUUCAAGUGAAAAAAAUGAAAGCUGUUUACCAUGUGUUGAAUUUAUGCAGUUUUGAUGUCACCAACAAGUGUCUGAUUGCUGAAGUAUGGUGUCCUGUAGCCGAUCUUCAAACUCUGAGACAUGCACUUGAGGAAGGCUCAAGAAAAAGUGGAGCUUUCUAUACCUUCUUUCAUAAAUCGUAUCCCCACCAAUGAUACACCUCCAACAUUAAUCCGAACAAACAAAUUCACCUCAGGCUUUCAAAGCAUUGUGGAUGCCUAUGGAGUGGGAACUUAUGGAGAAGUGAACCCAGCUCCCUAUACUAUCAUCACAUUCCCUUUCCUAUUUGCUGUUAUGUUUGGAGAUUUUGGACAUGGACUUUUAAUGGCUCUGUUUGCUUUUUUUCUGGUUCUCUAUGAAAACAGUCCUAAAUUACAGCGCACUCAGGAUGAAAUUAUGAGGAUGUUUUUUGAAGGACGAUACAUUAUCCUGCUCAUGGGGCUUUUUUCUAUCUACACUGGGCUUAUCUACAAUGACUGCUUCUCAAAGUCGGUGAACAUAUUUGGAUAUAGCUGGAAUGUUUCUGUGAUGUAUACGAAGGCAGAUUUUCUUUCCAACCGGUAUUUGACUUUGGAUCCUAAUGUACCUGGAGUUUUUACUGGAGUUUAUCCCUUUGGAAUAGACCCAAUCUGGAAUUUGGCAACGAAUCGCCUUACCUUCCUGAACUCUUUCAAAAUGAAAAUGUCCAUUAUUCUAGGUGUCAUUCACAUGACUUUCGGUAUAGUUCUGAGUCUUUUCAACUACAUGCACUUCAAGAAGAAAUUUUGUGUGUACCUGGUUUUCAUCCCUGAGCUUAUUUUUAUGACGUGUAUCUUUGGUUACCUCGUCUUUAUGAUUGUAUUCAAGUGGUUGGCAUUUUCUGCAGAGAAUUCCAGGGAUGCACCUAGUAUUCUCCUUCACUUCAUUAAUAUGUUUAUGUUCACUGGCCGUGGCAGUGAUGACAAGAACAGGAACCAAGAUCUCUUCCCAGGACAGACUGGUUUCCAGAUAUUCCUUGUAAUUGUUGUGUUCCUCUGUGUGCCUGUAAUGCUGUUUGGGAAACCAUUGUACCUGUACUGGCAACAUCAUGGAGGACAGACCUUUGGGAAUUAUAGGAAGGGAUACACGUUAGUUCGUCGAGGCAGUGAAGAAGAGUUGUCUUUGCUUCAGUCACAUGACUUGGAAGAAGGGGAAGACCAUACAGGCCGUGAGGUUCAGAGGGACAGAGAAAAAGAGGAGUUUGAUAUGGCAGAGGUAUUUAUGCAUCAGGCCAUCCACACCAUAGAAUAUUGCCUGGGAUGUAUUUCCAACACAGCUUCCUACCUACGACUAUGGGCUUUAAGCUUAGCACAUGCCCAACUAUCUGAAGUGUUGUGGACAAUGGUUUUGAGGAUGGGCCUUUAUAUGCCACACUCCAUUCUUGGGGUAUUUCUUCUGGUACUAGCCACAGCUGCAUUUGUAGCAUUGACCAUUUUCAUUCUUCUUGUCAUGGAGGGACUUUCUGCUUUCCUACAUGCAAUCCGUUUACACUGGGUGGAAUUCCAGAACAAGUUUUACUCUGGUGCAGGAUACAAAUUUACACCUUUCUCUUUUAAACACAUGUCCCUCCAUCUGGACAAAGAAUACUUUCCAUAG